AUGUUAUUAUUCGAAACAGUUAAUUUAAACGAAAUAAAACAACAGCGUUAUGAUCAUGAGAGAUCUGAAAAUAAACGAUCAGUUGAUAAACUAGCAGAAACAGAAACAACUCCAAAUGGUUUGGCCGAUGAAUUUAACCAAACGCUCAGUGACCCUCUUGAUCUACCAGUAAAACGGCCAAAAUCGAAUGCAAAUGAAGAACAGGCAUCCGACAAAGAGGAUAUUGACGAUGACGACGACAACAUUCAAAUGACUUAUUCAAAAGUGGCAACAACGUGUUGA